UUUAAAGAGUUGCUUUAAUAAACCUCUAAAUAACACUGCUUUAUGACACUAAAGAAUCUUAUUCAAAAGAGUGUAUUUUGUGCACUACACAUAAUUUACAAAAUCAGUGCUUUUGCUUCAGCAUGUGGCCAGAGUUGAGAGCAUUUAUAAGUGUAUUUUACACAACUAUCAAUACAGUACACAUCGCUAUGAGACCUCAAAUUAAUAAUGGUAUUAAAAUCAUAGAAUCAACCAGCUUGGAAAAGACCUUUAAGCUCAUCCUGUCCAACCAUUAACCCAGCACUGCCAAGGCCACCAUUAACCCAUGGCACUGAGGGCCUCGGCUACACGGUGUGUGAACACUUGCAGGGACAGUGACUCCAGCACUGCCCUGGGCAGCCUGUUCCAAUGCCUGAGCACCCUUUGGGGAAGGAAUUGUUCCUCAUCUCCACCUAAACCUCCCCUGGUGCAGCUUGAGGCCGUUUCCUCUUGUCCCAUCCCUUGUUCCUUGGGAGCAGAGACCAGCCCCCUCCUGGCUCCAUCCUCCUGUCAGGCAGUUGCAGAGAGCGAUAAGGUCCCCCCUGAGCCUUCCCUUCUCCAGACUAAACCCCCCCCAGGUCCCUCAGCCGUUCCUCAUCAUACUUGUGCUCCAGGCCCUGCACCAGCUCCGUCGCCCUUCUCCGGCCUCGCUCCAGCAGCUCAAUGUCUCUCUUGUGAAAACACAACAGAAGGGGUCACGGCAGCUUUUCUUCUAAGGAGGGAAGUUGGGGGGGGGCUGGAGACAGCCCAGAGGACUCGCUACACAAAAGGCGCACUGGCCAAGCUCUAGUCAAACCUCCUCUCCCGCUAUGCCCGGGCGCUGCGCGGAUAUCUGCGGGGCAGCGGCGGUACCUCGGCGGCAGCAACAGCCCGGGCCUUCCCUUGGCUUGGGAGCAAGCAGCAAACGCAGUGAAUGAAGUUCUCCGCAGGUGGACGGGAGACAACAGCCAUGCGCCGAGCCGGGCAGCCUCUGCUGCUCAGCCCAAGCCGCAGAGCGCGCCGUACAGCUCCCCCCCCCGCUCUCGUCCCCCGCGAAACCGGGACAGCGCCUGGCCCAGGCUCUCCACAGUGGCGCGGGACGGCGCUGGCGGGGGUUAAACCCCUCCGGGCCCCAGCUCGGCGUAGCGGGUGGCCUGCGCGGCACCGCCCCGCUGCCCCAGCGCCCCGCCCCGCCCCUCCGGCCCCGGCCGGAGUCUCCGCGGCCGCCGGCACCCACGCUAAGAUGUCUGCGCUGCGGGCCACCCGGAUACUUCAGACCAUUGCAGGGCAUGGAUGGAGGUCACAUUCUAGCAAACCUGCUCAAAGCGUGCAUAUAGGCAAACCUGGAGCUGGCUUUAGCUUCGAACUUACUGAUGAACAGAAAGAGUUCCAAGCUACUGCUCGUAAAUUUGCUCUGGAGGAAAUUAUUCCAGUUGCUGCACAAUAUGACAGAACUGGAGAGUAUCCUCUUCCACUUAUAAAACGGGCUUGGGAACUUGGUCUUAUAAAUUCACACAUACCAGAAAGCUGUGGUGGUCUUGGCCUUGGCAGUUUUGAAGCAUGCCUUAUUACAGAAGAGUUAGCUUAUGGAUGUACAGGGGUUCAGACUGCCAUUGAAGCAAAUUCCCUAGGGCAAAUGCCAGUAAUCAUUGCAGGAAAUGAGCAGCAGCAGAAAAAAUACUUAGGAAGAAUGACAGAGGAACCAAUGAUGUGUGCUUACUGUGUAACAGAGCCUGGGGCAGGCUCUGAUGUGGCUGGUAUAAAAACAAAGGCUGAGAAGAAAGGAGAUGACUAUGUUAUUAAUGGACAGAAGAUGUGGAUCACAAAUGGUGGGAAAGCAAACUGGUAUUUUUUGCUAGCUCGUACCAAUCCAGAUCCAAAAGUUCCUGCAAGCAAAGCCUUUACUGGAUUCAUUGUGGAAGCAGAUAGCCCUGGAAUUCAAGUUGGAAGAAAGGAAAUUAAUAUGGGUCAACGCUGCUCUGAUACAAGAGGUAUUGUCUUUGAAGAUGUGAGAGUCCCAAAAGAAAAUGUACUGAUAGCUGAAGGAGCUGGCUUUAAAAUUGCAAUGGGAGCUUUUGACAAGACCAGACCACCCGUAGCAGCUGGUGCUGUUGGAUUAGCAAAAAGAGCACUUGAUGAAGCUACUAAAUAUGCUUUGGAGAGAAAAACGUUUGGGAAACCAAUUGUUGAACACCAAGCAGUGUCUUUCUUGCUUGCUGAAAUGGCAAUGAAAGUGGAACUGGCUAGGAUGGCUUACCAGAGGGCUGCUUGGGAAGUCGAUGCUGGUCGCAGGAAUACCUACUACGCUUCCAUUGCAAAGGCAUUUGCCGGUGACAUUGCAAACCAAGUAGCUACAGAUGCAGUACAGAUUUUUGGAGGAAAUGGAUUUAAUACUGAAUAUCCUGUAGAAAAACUGAUGAGAGAUGCUAAAAUCUACCAGAUUUAUGAGGGAACUGCUCAGAUUCAAAGGAUGAUCAUAGCUCGUGAACAUGUUGGCAAAUUUAAGGCUUAAAGAAAUGUAUAAAGUGUGUCUGGUGCCACUGCAGUGUUCUGUGUUCUUGCAGAAGAGGAUUUUAGUGAAUUUCUCAAUAGAAUUAAAGAGAUCUGGAGAAAAAAACCA